AUGGCCAGUGUGAGUAACGCGGGCCCCCGCCUCCCGGGCCUUCUCCGCCGGCUUGCGGUGCUCUGUAACAGAGCAAGAUUGGUCACCUACCUACCAGGGUUUUAUUCCUUAGUCAAAAGAGUUGUAAAUCCCAAGGCUUUUUCUACAGCAGGUUCCUCUGGCUCAGAUGAGCCUCAUGUUGCUGCCACACCUCCUGAUUUAUGUUCAAGAACUGUAUGGCCAGAUGAAGUAAUGGGUCCAUUUGGUCCUCAGGACCAGAGGUUCCAGUUGCCUGGUAAUAUUGGUUUUGACUGUCACCUAAAUGGCACUGCUGCUCAGAAGAAAAGCCAAGUUUCAAAAAGUCUGCCUGAUAUGUUAGCAGAGCCUUCAGCAAGUGAAAGGCAUGAAUUUGUAAUGGCACAAUACAUAAAUGAAUUUCAGGGUGCUGAUGUUCCACAGAAACAGCAAAUAAAUAACGCUGAAACUUACUUUGAAAAUGCAAAGGUAGAAUGUGCAGUACAAGCUUGUCCUGAACUGUUACGAAAAGACUUUGAGUCAAUGUUUCCAGAAGUGAAUGCCAACCGUUUGACGGUAUUAACUGUCACCCAGAAGACUAAAAAUGAUAUGACUGUAUGGAGUCAAGAAGUGGAGGAUGAGAGAGAAAUGCUGUUAGAAAAUUUCAUUAAUGGUGCCAAGGAAAUUUGCUAUGCAAUUUGUUCUGAAGGCUAUUGGGCUGACUUCAUUGAUCCAUCCUCAGGACUGGCAUUCUUUGGACCUUACACAAACAACACUCUGUUUGAAACAGAUGAACGCUACCGCCACUUGGGAUUUUCCAUUGAUGAUCUUGGCUGCUGCAAAGUUAUUCGUCAUAACAUCUGGGGUACUCAUGUGGUUGUAGGAAGUAUUUUCACUAAUGCUGAACCUGACAGCCCUAUCAUGAGAAAACUAAGUGGAAACUAGCAGUCAUCAGGGUUUCACAAGUUCUUGCGACCUUUGCAUUCUUUUACUUGAUGAUUCUCUCUAAGCAUUGUCAGGAAAUGCCACACUUAAAAGUAUGCUUAGAUAAUAAAGUAGCUGUUAUUUAUUUUAGUCUCUGUGAAGAUGUGUUCACCACAUGUGACUUAGAAUAUUAAUUGAAACAUUCAAACAGAUACCUUUAUGUGCCACGUGAAUUUUAAGCUGUGAGUUUCCUUCACCUUGAAUGAGUUUAAACAUACCUGUACAUAGCUAUCUGCAUA